AUGGAGUCUAUGGGUUAUGUUCAAAAGAAUGAUAGUUCUGAUUUCGAAUAUAAUCAGAAGACCUCCGGACCUGAAGAACUCACUUUCGAUUGUCAAAAACCUGACUAUAGCAUUUAUGGAAUCCUUAAUUUUCUUCAAAGCGAAUGGACUAAAAUGUCAAUUGAACGAUCUCGCUGGGAGUUCGAAAGGGCUGAAUUGCAAGCUAAAAUAACAUUUCUUCAAAAUGAGAAAAUUGGUUGUGAAAAUUUAAAAAGUGAUCUCGUGCGUCGUAUAAAGAUGUUGGAAUAUGCUUUGCAGCAGGAACGUUUUAAGAAUUUAACAUUUAAGAAUCCUCAUGGAUCUCGAACUGACAAUCUACUUAAAGAUGGAGACGUUUCAUGCAAAGCUGACGAAUUAAGUCAUGCUGAGCGUGUCCGUCUGAAGGAUUAUCUUACUCGAAUUGGCAUGAACAACCUUUCAAAUGAGAUGCGCGCAUUAAAGGUGAAGGAGUUGCUUGGCAUUCCUCUUGCUAAUGAAGAUACGGAAGCAGCUGAAAACGCAGUUACUGAGUUGCUCGACGGUGCACUUACCGUGAGAGAAAAACCUGUGGAUGAUGCUAAUGCGACUGAUGAAACUGCAAACGCACUCGCUGAAUUUGACCGGCUUGUUGCGCAACAGGGCGGUAGUGAAGUAGGGGUAGACUUCCUGGCAGAUUCCUUCUCUGUAGACAUUGUUGAACCUCCAAGAAUUUGGGUCUCUGGAGAUCAGUCGGCUUUUGUUGACCGACUAAAGGAACAGUAUCGUCUUGGUGAGUUUAUAUGCAUUGUUGUAAUUUUGCUUUUAUUAUUCCUAUUUUAG